AUGGUUAAGAAAGAAGUUAAAUUAAACGCUGGUGAGGAACCACCAGUUGACCAUGUCGUCUCAGCAACAAUCAAUUCUGCCUUAGAAAGGUUGCAAUUGGAUGAUUUAGAUGUUGCCACCCCUGAAGUGAAUUUGAAUGAUGACCUUAAGAACUCAAAAGAUAAUGGUAGUAAGCUUACCAAUAAACCACAAUCUCCAGUUUAUCCUCCACCUCAAAUGAUGGGUGCUGGAUUUAUGCCUUACUCUCAAAUGAUGCAUAUGGCCCCACCACAUCACCAUCAUCUGGGAUUCUUUCCACCACCGGACUUUCCGGAAUCUUCAAUGACUCAACGUGGUCCUGUCAUGUUUAAUAAUUCUGGUGAUUCAUCUGUCUUCCCAAAUAUGCGUUCUCCAAUGGGCUCUGUACCAUCAUUUAUUCCAGAAUCUCAUUUGAUGCCAAAUAAUGAUCCACUGUGGAUUCAAUCACCAGACCAUUUACCUGUUCCAUCUUCUGUUACCAUAGAUCAAUCAACUUCUACUGAUGACCCUAACGCGACAAAGACAAAGGGUCCAGGUGCUGCCACCGUUAGAAGACAAACAUUUCAUGCAAUUUCGACCCAUGAUUUGAUCGAUGCUACCGCUACAGACAGUGCAGUCAAUACCGAUGCUUCAACUGCUUUAGCUACUGAUGAAUUGAACAUGUCUACCCCUUCAGCUGUGGGUACCAAGACUAGAACUCAAUCUAUCUCUUUUGAGAAGACCGUUGGUCAUCCUCAAUUUCUACCACAAAUGUCUGCUGAUGAAAAGAAUAAGAUUGCAGAAUCAUCAGAUAAAGAAGUGGAAGGCAAAAAGGAGAAGGUCAACACCUAUGCAGCAUACCCCUAUGGUGGGCCAUUAGCCCAACCUAAUCCGGUUAUGUCUGGUCACUUACCUCCACCAUUACCUGGUAAUAAUCCUUCAAAUUAUGGCAUCCAUUCUCCAUUUCCAGGUGCCUAUGAUUUUAAUGCCCCAUUCCAGUCAUUUUCUCCUGUGCUAGGUGGUUUGAACCCUCCAUUAUAUCCUCAAUCUCCAAUUCAUAUGUCUCAUUCACCACUACCAUUGCAACCACAUGGCCCAGAAUUGAAUGGAGCAGCUGGCCCCAAUAAGAAUAAUGCAGGUGGUCCAACAAUGAAAGGCGGUGAACAAAUGCCACCAUUUCCAAUGAUGCAACAUCAACAAGGGGGUACUCCUCCACCCUGGAUGUACGGUUCUCCCUCACCAUUUAAUCCAAUGGGUCCACCACAUCCUCACGGAAUGCCACAUCAAGGACAUCCUGCAAUGAUGAGCGGUAAUAAUAAUAACAACAAUGGCAUGCAAAGAGGUGGUAGACAUUUCCAUGGGAGAGGUAGGAAUGGUAACGGUAAUAAAUCUCGUUUCAAUCGUCAUGAUCAUAAUGGUAACAAUAACAAUAAUAAUAAUGGCCAAUUUAAUUAUGAUGAAAAUAAUCAACGCCGAAUGGAAGAGAUGUCUCGUUAUGCUGAUUCCACCCUCGAUGAAUUUGUAGGCAACAUCUAUUCAUUAUGUAAGGAUCAACAUGGGUGUCGUUUCUUACAGAAGCAAUUAGAUGUUUUAGGUUCCAAGGCAGCUGAUCUUAUCUUUGAAGAAACCAAAUUUCAUACUAUUGAAUUAAUGACUGAUUCUUUUGGUAAUUAUCUCAUGCAAAAACUCAUUGAAAGGGUCACUACUGAACAAAGAAUUGAGUUAGCCAAGAUUGCCAGUCCACAGUUUGUUGAGAUCGCUUUGAAUCCACACGGUACAAGGGCCUUACAAAAAUUAAUUGAAUGCAUUAAUACCGAGGAAGAAGCCAAGAUUAUCGUAGAAUCCUUACGUGAUUCUAUUGUACAAUUAAGCAAAGAUUUGAAUGGUAAUCAUGUGGUUCAAAAAUGUUUGCAAAAAUUACAUCCAACUGAUUUCCAAUUUAUUUUUGAUGCUACUUGUGACAACUGUGUAGACAUUGCCACUCACAGACAUGGAUGCUGUGUCCUACAACGUUGUUUGGACCACGGGACAAAAGAACAAUGUGAAAAAUUAUGUGACAAACUUUUAAGUCAUGUUGACAAGUUGACCUUGGAUCCAUUCGGUAAUUAUGUUGUUCAAUAUGUCAUUACCAAAGAAACUGAAAGAGAUGAAUUUGAUUACACUCAUAAGAUUGUUCACUUAUUAAAACCAAAGGUUGCUGAACUAUCGGUACACAAAUUUGGAUCUAACGUGAUUGAAAAGAUCUUGAGAACACCCGUAGUCACCGAAACAAUGAUUUUGGAAUUACUAAACCAUGAAUCCGAAAUCCAAAACCUAUUGAAUGACAGUUAUGGAAAUUAUGUUUUACAAACGGCUUUGGAUAUUUCUCAUGAACAUAACAAAUACUUAUAUGACAGAUUAUCGGCAAUUGUAACUCCUUUAUUAGUAGGUCCAAUAAGGAACACCCCACAUGGUAAGAGAAUUAUGGGUAUUUUACAUAUCGAAUCAUAG